AUGGCAUCUUCAUACGACGAAACGUGCAAGCUAAUAUACGGAGCGAUUUUCGACAAGCUAGAGAGGAAAAAUGAACCCAACUUAAGAUUUGCACCCCGCAGCGCCAUCAAACUCCUGCUUCAACACGACAAUCACGCUCUUCUAAGGCGACUAUUUCGCUGUCUCGAACCGACCGGCGGUCAGCCAGUGUCAGGUGGCGGGACGACCUUGUCCGAGGAUGAGUUUGUCCGUCGAGUCGGGGCGCGGAAGCUCUUCAACUUCUGGGGCACCCUCGUCUUCGCGACCUGCGGCCUCGGCGCGGCUAACGCCGCGCUGCACCGGCUCGUCGCCGCCGAUGCGUGGCCCUUCUUCCCCGUCGACGAGCGGAAGCUCGGGAGCCUGCUUCCGCUGACUCGGACGCAGCUCAACAAUCUGUUUGGGGACGAAAUUGAGACCGACAAGUUCUUCAGCCACCAGGCGUGCUUCUGUGCCGUCGUGUUGCGCAACCGCGAGGAAGUCGUGGUGCAGGACGCAAGCUGCCAGCGGCUGCCGUACCUCGCCGAGGAUGGUCGUGGCGAGGGCGCCUUUGGCCACGUGUACUACGUCAAGGUUGCCAAGAACCACUUCUUUGAUGCCUUUGCCGAGGCGGCUAAGGCGUACAACGGCCGACCGCAGGACAUGGCGCGCAAGGAUUACAUCAUCAAGGACGUGAACCAGGCGCGCGAGGAGUACGCAAUCAUGAAGACGAUACUUAGCUCUAACAUGCAGAAGCGCGAGCACAACAUCGUGCAAAGUUGGGGCUCCCUGCAGAUCGAAAAGAGCUACAGCCUAUUCAUGCCUCUCGCCAUCUGCGACCUGCACACGUUCAUGAUGGAGCAGCAACGCAACGCGCCGCAGGGGCUCAAGGAUAGGGCUGACGUGGUCUACUCGGCGGCUGGCCUCGCGAGCGGUCUGAACUACCUACACAGCGGCAUGCGGACCGAUGAGCUUGAGGAGCUCGUGUGCUACCACAUGGACCUGAAACCCCAGAACGUGCUAAUCUUUCAGGAGAACGGCCGUAACGUGUGGAAGCUGAGCGACUUCGGCAUGGCGCGCGUCAAGAUGCGCACCCGAAAUCCCAGCAGCCCCCCCGAGAGAGACUUCACAAGCCUCUUCCAGCGCCGCAAGCCGAUGCAGGACCCGUCGCAGCCGGCAACCAUCAACAGGCGUGGCGAGGGCACCUGGCAGGCACCGGAGAGUAUCGCGGCCGAGCCCCGCAUGCGGACGGACGCCGACGUUUGGUCGCUUGGCUGCGUGUUGAGCGUCGUAUUUGCAUACCUCGGCGGCGGCGCGGAGGGCGUUACCGAUUACGGGUACGCGCGCGAGGCGCACCGCCGCGCCGACGGCUCAGACCGCUUCUUCUUGCGCAGCGCAGAGGUAAUGAAGCCCCACAAGAUGCAUCCAGUGGUCAAGGCCUGGCAUGACCGGCUGGUCGCCGCGGUGCCUCACACCUGCGUCGGAGAGCGGAAGGCGCUGGCACGCGUGCUUACGUUUCUGCAGGACGAGGUGCUACGGAUCAAGGAGAGCGAGCGGUGCAACGCAGGGGCGGUCAAGCUGGAGCUGGAGACAACGUAUAGGAUGCUGCAGGAUGCCAUCAAUAAUGACGCGCCUCCGUCUACCAUGGCCGCAGGAUUGGAGAACUUUAUCCAGGAGCAAAAGCAAAAACUCGCACUUUCAAAGAUCAAGUCUCCGUCUGCCGCCAGACUGAUUAGUCGCCGUCUCUCCUCCUCGGACGACUUCAAGGGCCUUGCGAUAUCGCCAAACGCAAACUGCCUCGCGUACUGUACCAACAGCAAGAUUGUCUUCUACACAUCUGAGUCGCUCUCCCUCACCGAAGAACACGCCAGCACGCUCCCUAGCGAGUGGAACUUGCCCAACGAGGAAUGCUGCUUUUUGCAAAGCAUAUGCUUGACUAACAGAUAUCUCGUCGCGUCGACGACGGGCAAGAAUUUUCUCUACGUAUUCGACUUGGAGGGUGGCCUACACGUCGACCUAAACCUGACCACCGUUUACCGCGUCUCUCUCGACGGUUUGGCAAUUCGAAGCCUUGCGAUUUCGCCAAACAACAAGACGCUCGCUUUCGUCAUGAGGGACGAGUCAAAAAUGCGUGGACCAGGAACGCUAGUCUAUACCAGCCUGCCUGGCCUGAUUGCCUUAAUACGGCAAGAGCUGAGAAAUCUGCCAGAAAGCAGCGACCCCAAUUCACAACAAACUGUGGGAAUCUCUAGCUCUCACGGACUGCUGAAUAAUUCCAUUGAGCUUGAUUGGCCGGCAGCAGACAUUGAGCACCUAUCCGUGUCGGAUGCUGAUGACGCCUAUGUUGUCGUGCGGCCUGCGUUGACGGCACGGACUCGUGAGCACAAGAUUCCCGUCGCCCACAUCUGGAGGGAUCAGUCUGUGGUUCCAGCCCGCCCGACAGUAGAUACCCUCAAUAUCGUGUCCCUUGGAUUUGAUGGAAGUUCCACGUCAGGCUUCUUUACCACAUUUUGUGUUGUGAAUGACAGAGACACGUGUGCAAUCGUGACUCGCGGCAAGCGCUUCCACUUGCAAAAGUUUGACGAGCCUGACAUCGUCCGUGCUGAAAAUCAGCGAGACAUUGCGCACUACCGCAUCGCGAAGCUCUUCAACAGCGGACCAACGGGCAAACUAUUUGCCAUUGGAAACGUCUCUUCCAAGCAGAAUAUGAUGCUCGUGGAGGUGCGCCUCUCGCCGACACUGGACGUGCGCGAGCUUGUAAAAAUUCCCGAUCUCUUCGUGGGCGAUGAUGUCGUGGCCGUGGCUGUCGAGUCGACCGACAAGACCCUCAUCAUCGUUGCCUCUCUGACUGGAGCAAGUCGGCGCGCCAUUCACAAGAUAACCAUUCCUCGACAGGGGCAGUGA